AUGGUCUCCCAGAUCAGUCAGAACUAUCACCAGGAUUGUGAAGCUGCUGUCAACAAGCAGAUUAAUGUGGAGCUCACUGCCUCCUAUCUCUAUCAGUCUUUGAUGUCCGACUUUGACCGGGAUGACGUGGCCCUCGCCCAUGUCUCCCGGUUCUUCAAAGAUCAGUCCCAGGAGAAACAGGAACAUGCAGAGAAGCUGCUGAAAUUCCAGAAUCAGCGUGGAGGCAGAGUCCUCCUCCAGGAUGUGAAGAAGCCAGAGAGGGAUGAGUGGGGUAACAGUCUGCAGGCGCUGCAGGUUGCCCUGGAUCUGGAGAAGAAUGUGAACCAGAGUUUGCUGGAUCUACACCAACUCUCCACAGCCCAGACUGACCCUCAUAUGUCCUACUUUGACCGGGACGAUGUUGCCCUUCCCCAUUUUUACCAGUUCUUCAAACAUCAGUCUCAGGAGAAGCGGGAACAUGCAGAGAAGCUGCUGAAAUUCCAGAAUCAGCGUGGAGGCAGAGUCUUCCUCCAGGAUGUGAAGAAGCCAGAGAGGGAUGAGUGGGGUAACAGCCUGCAGGCAAUGCAGGUUGCCCUGGAUCUGGAGAAGAAUGUGAACCAGAGUUUGUUGGAUCUACACCAACUCGCCACUGCCCAGACUGACCCUCAUCUGUGUGAUUUCCUGGAGACUCACUAUUUGGAUGAGGAGGUGAGGAUCAUCAAGCAACUCGGGGACUACAUCACCAACCUGAAGCGCCUGGGAGCCCCUGAGAAUGGGAUGGGAGAGUACCUGUUUGGCUCAGGCCCUCCCCAUAACUGGAAGUCCACCAGCCCUGAGCUGGGGAAAUUCAGCCCAAACAUUCUCAACAGUCACAUUCCAGAGAAUCAUCUCCAGAUUCUCUGGGGCUACUUGAUUGAUAAAUGCAAUGAAAACUGUAACAGAUACUGUCACCUUGGAAACAUGCUGGCGUUAAGCGCUGAUUCAACUUCAACAAUGAAAAACCAAACAUGGAGACAGAAAUGUUCAACGUGCGAUACGUUUCUAGCAGCAGCUGAGACACAGAACCCUGAGGCCUACUGUGUAUAA